AAAAAAAAUUAUAAUAAAAUCAUUAGUGGGUUUCAGCCCAUCCAGACACCUGUCAUUAUCCUCUUGUAAGUCCGUGCGGACCUGCUCGGACCUGUGCGGUGGUCUGAACCGGUUCCGUCGUCCCAAUGUGACCUGCGUCCGCCAUAUCAUCUCGACAGGGCAGCACGCGCGCAACAUCCCCGACCAGGAGCGCGAGCGCGAGCGCGCGCCGCUUAUCAGAGGAACGACACACUCCAACCGGACGGUGUAAAAGUCACUUCGACCGAAAGCCUGCAACUGCGGCAAAGAGGUGAAAAUGGCUGAGGAAAUUCAGACCAAACUUGAGAAUUACCGCACUGCUCCAUUUGACGCCAGGUUCCCCAACCAGAACCAGACCAGGAACUGCUGGUCCAAUUACCUGGACUACCACCGCUGCCAAAAAGCCCUGGACGCCAAAGGAGUAGACACUGCCCCAUGUGACUGGUACAAGAGGGUCUAUAAAUCUCUUUGCCCCCUAUCCUGGGUCCAGAAAUGGGAUGAUCAGCGAGAGGAGGGUAACUUUCCUGGAAAGAUCUAACUCUGACAUCUGCAAAGCUGUCUCGUCUGUAAAGAUGUAAUCUUUGCAGCUGAAUGUUUCUAAAAGUGGCACAUUUCCACUACUAAUGCUCUGUCCCAGCAGCAGACAUAAACCGAAUGGUCAUUCCUUCCAAAUACCAUGAAAUGUACAGCAGAUUCUGCAUUAAAAAUUCUCAGGAUAUAUUUAUGGAGCUUAUCUGUCUGUGUCAAUUUUCCUUUUUAAAAGGCUUGUUCUGCUUUUGAACACAUGAUAUAAGGGGCCGUAUUUGGGAUAAGUUUAUGAAUGCUUCUGGAUAAAAUGAAGAUAUGAGGUCUAAAUAGAAAUACAGGUUUAGAUCUCUUAUAUGGCCUGCUCAUGCUUUCACAUUUAGAUGUCGACUUUAUUAAGAGAAAGAAGCUGUUUUUAUCCAGAAAAA